AUGUUUUCCCCUACCUUUGUUACUCUCCCACUCCAACUCAUCGUGAGAAUCAUUGACUCUACAGACCCAUCUGAUCAUCUGAACAUAGCCUGCACGUGUUCUUAUCUGCGGCAGUGUGCUACAAAAUCUCUCAAUCAUCACCGAGAUGCGCAUGAGAAAUUUUCUGUUGCUUCAGACCUCGACCCAUCUACUAUACCGACUUUGCUACGCAGCGCCUCGGGGAUCACGAGCCCUAUCGACGCCUGGCAUGUUCAGAAUAUCGAGAUAUGGGGAUCACGAUGGAACUGGAAAGAAUGGAGGACUUGGGAAUUGAACAAAAGUCCAGCAGCAUGGCAUCAGAUUUCGAAACGAAGGCAGGUAUUUGCGAAGUCGCCAGUCUUGGAGUGGUCGAUACCGCCGUGGGAACUUACUCACUACUUGCGCAUCAUGCGAGAGAGACUGAGCCUGCCAGGGGAUUUCGUUGACUCGGCACGUCUUGAAUUUGAAAAAGGGUGUGACAGUGUGAUGCAAAUGUUGCUCAUCGUUUUGUGCCCUCGGCUAAAAAGCUUGAAGUACAUGUACAACAGACACGACAAGGUCGCAUAUCGUCGGAGUCUCUACUGGCUCACACCUGUCAUGGGAAAGAGUUGGGUUGAUGACUCUUGGCCCCCAGGGCUCUCAAAGCUGCAUGAUGUUGCUGUGGGUGUACGCUCGGAGACCUGGCUCGACGACGAAGAUGACAAACUUUGGUACGCUCGCAGUGCUUUCAGAGGCUUCUUCAAGCUUCCUGAAAUUAGUACUCUGUACUUUCGAGGGCUACGACAACAAGAUCAUCCCUCCAUGCCGCAUGAUUCGGACUGGAACCUUCGCGAUGGGGAAUCUAUUUUCGACACUUCAAUUUCAUCCGCCCUUCAAGCUGCUGAUGAAUUGCCAGCACGAUGUUCUACCAUCAAGCAUUUGUACCUUGAAUCCCCUGGCGACUAUCGCGAACUAGAGUGUAUAGCGGCAGCGCCCAGGGCGCUAAAAUCAUAUACCCUUCAUGGCGGUGAAAUUCACUAUGGUUCAGGAGGCUCACUCGAGAUGCUGUUGAAGGACAUGGUUGAAGAACAACGCCAAUCACUCGAAAGUAUUCUAGUCUACAAUACUUCACGAUUUGAAGAGUCUUGCUGUACAUUGCGCCCGAGCGACGGGGCAGGGUAUAUUGAAAUGCAUGAUUGCCCGCAACUACGUCAACUUUACAUCCACUCGGAUGAUCUGCAGCUUCUCUACCAUGAGCUUCACCGUGAGCUUCCUCCGAAAGAUUCAAAUACACUCCAGGGCUUUGUCGACUACAUUAUGGGUUUCUUGCCUGCGUCCCUGGAGCUUCUCAUGCUGGGGUCUGCCAAAAACUCGGUCGCUGUAAACGUACCCGAAACACAAUUCGAAGACUUUGGCUUCGGUAAAUUUGAGGAGUUGAAUGAGCAUAUUCUGAUAUCCGUGGUUUCGUCAAAGAGAUUCCCGGCUCUCAAAGCUAUUCUUGUUGAGCGAACAGAAGACAGCCAUGAGUUUACCCAGCUGAUUGAGGUCGGGCGGGAAAGGGGAGUUGAUAUCUAUAUCACGGCCAAUGACCAAGUAUUGCCACAUCAGACUCGACUACCCCAGCGCCCUCGAGCUACCAGCCAUCAACCUCAUGGAGAGAUUGAUCAGGAGCCACCUAAUGAGCAGCUUCAAGAAAAAUUAGAUGAGGGGAAUGAGACUGAUGACGAUUGCGGCAACCUACAACUUACAGGGAUGGUGGCAAUGUAA